CCGUCCAUUCUCGUCACCAUUACACCAUCCUCCUUCACCACAUCUUGUCCCAUAUCUUCCUGUAUCUUGAUUGCUGCACUCUCUGUCCCCCUCCCUCCUUCGUGACGAGCAGAGAUGCCAGUCUCUCGCCGCGUCUCCUACAUCCUCCCCUCCCCCACGGAGCCCGCCCCGUUAUUACAGCUUCCCGGAAUAGGAGAGAGACGACGAGGCGUCACGCAGCCAUUCUUGGUCCAUAAAGAUGUCAACAGUGAUGGAUUCAAUGGACAUGCUCUGAACGAUAAUCCAUUCGAAUCGCCCGAGGACCAUAGUAGAUCAUCAUCUCAUCCUAGGCAUUGCCUAGGUAUCAAUGCGCUGGCAUUAGACACUUCGACCACCUUAUCAGAUAGUUCGGCACCGGCCGGUAUCCUCUAUUCUGGAGGAAGAGAUGGUCUCGUAGCUUCUUGGGAGCUUGGCGUCCCUCACAAACGUCGACGUGGUGGACGAUAUGAGACAUUACCGGGAAGGACCACUCGAACGAAGUGGGAGCGUGUAGGAGAUGGUGCUGAAAUGUGGGACGACGAUGAGGACGAGGAUGCGCAAGGGGAAAAUGAUUCGCCUGAGGAUCUAGGCGCAGACGAAGAGGCCAUCUGGAGCAGCGAUGAUGAUCUCGGUGAUGGAUGGGUGGGAGUAGAUGGCGAAGGCAGAAAGAGGAGAGGUCCCCGAGGCGAGAUCCCCUAUGAAGAGAGAUGGGAGGUGGAUUAUGACCAAAUCCCUAGCAAGGUCCAACCCACGAGGUACAGACAGUCGGCUCAAACGCACACCGAUUGGGUCAACGCCAUGUUGCUGUGCAAUCUCAAUCAAACGGUUAUCACCGGAUCGUCAGAUCGAACCAUCAGAGCCUGGUCACCUCAUGUUCAGGACUCUGCGCCCGCACUGAUAGGACGUCACCGCGAUUAUGUUCGUUGCCUGGCAUGGGCCAAACAGCCCGCGCUUCUGUUUUCAGGCGCUUUGGACAGAUACAUUUGUCUGUGGGAUGUCGCCCAACCCGAUCCGGAGAAACCAUUGCUCCAGCUGGACCUGAGCAAAUCGGACGACUGGGGUGGUGUUGGUAUGGAAGGCGAGAGAGGUAGUGUCUAUGCCUUAGGAACAGAUCCCGCUGGAAAAUUCUUGGCUGCGGGUACUCCUGAGCAGGUAGUACGAUUGUGGGAUCCUCGAGUGGGUGAUCAGUCUAUCGGCAAGCUGGUCGGACAUUCGGACUGCGUCAGAAGCAUCAUCGUUAGCGAUGACGGCCGCUAUAUGCUCACUGGAAGCUCGGACACGACUAUCAAACUUUGGUCGCUUGCCGCUCACCGCUGCCUGCACACUUUCAGCCAUCACACGUCAUCAGUGUGGGCUCUUCAUUCCACUCACCCUAAUCUGGAGCGCUUCUACUCUGGCUCCAGAGACGGUCACCUCUGCGCUGUUGAUGUUGAGUCUGUUGGAGAUAUCUCCGAUGGAGAAUGUGUCGUAUUAGCCAGAGAAGGGGCAAACGCACACAACCUUCCAGGCGACUACGAGAGCAAGACCGGAGACGAGGGAAUCCGAAGCAUCGUAGCAAUGGAUGAUUCGUUCGUCUGGACGGCGACGGGCAGCGCCGAAAUCAAGCGAUGGAAGGAUGUCGGUCGUCGCAUUCAUCGACUCGCUGCGGAUGACGAAGAUGAUGGCGUAUCUUACACCGUUCCUCAGGGAAUCAGCUCGUCCCCUCCACCAGAGCAGAAGCCGGCGCCGAUUCUCGAUCCAAUCGCUCAUGCUCAAGAUCUCGCGGCUUCAGCGCCUUUGCUAAGAACGGAUUCGCAUGACUCUCGUGCCGUCGCGUUCGCACCUGCUCCCACGCCUCGAUCAGGCGGGGUCGGCGCAGGAUCCGGGAUCGGAAGUCAGCUGCGACGAGCUCAUCUAUCGGGAACAUCUCUCCAAUCCAACUCGUCCAUUGGGAUUGAUGACGGCGCUAUUCCAGCACACGCAUCCUCCCUCCACGGCAUUCCUUACGAAUCUCUUGUCUGUCUUGGUCUGCCCGACUCGCCCUAUUCUCUUGGAUUCUCUCAUGCCCAUCGUUCGCAGGAUCUCACGGAUGGUCAGAGCGACCAGAAGGGGGUCAAGGGCGAUGUUGGAGGUGACGCGGGCUACACCUCUCGCCGUAAUUCGAUACAGGUCGACAGAGUGCAGAGUGCUGGCCUUCGUGCCAGGCAAGACUUUGAAGAUCGAGAUAUCGCUUCAGAGGCCAAACCAUUGCGGAAGACCCCAGACGACGUCAUUGCUGGCCGACCAGGUCUGGUGCGAUCCAUCAUCCUGAAUGACCGACAGCACGUCCUCUCUAUCGAUACAGAUGGAGAGAUUGCAGCUUGGAACAUCCUCUCCGGAAAGUGCGUCGGGCGAUUCUCUGCGGAAGAAGUUGCCGCCGCUAUGCUUCUGGAGCGAGGCGUCAAGACGGAUUCUGAGAUGCGCAAACAUUCGAUCGAAGCUUUGGAGCUGGUCAGGGAUAGGAUCGAGGGUGAAACGAUGAUCAUCACCUGGUGCAGCGUGGAUACCAAGAUCGGAAGUCUGGUCGUUCACCUUGAGGAAGGACGAGUCUUCGACGCAGAGGUUUACGCGGAUGAGCUGGGGUUGAAGUUCAAUUCGAAGGAGGAUAUAAGGUUGAACCUUGGCAAAUGGGCCCUGGGUAAUCUUUUCAAAGGCCUUAUCAAGGCCGAAGAAGAAUCGGUUGUCUCCAUGUCCCCAAAGAACCCAACAACGAAUCUUCCCGCAGUACAACGCAGUCCGGAAGCGCGACCAAUCCCACUCGAUCGCCCUCAAGCCGCACCUCGUCACCGGCAACGUGCACUCACAGGAUCUUUCUCUGGCGGCGCGCCUUCGCUUGACAUUCCAGGGUUAGCUACUGCCGCAGCUACUCCUGCUAUUUUGCCAGACUUUGAAUUCUCGAAAUCUGCUCCGACACCUGGAGGUGCAUGGCAAGCCUUCUCCAUUCGGGACAGCAAUAGUCUUUCGGCCAUCGCUGGCAGCCCCGCUAGUGUAGCUGCUAGCCCGCUAGAUACGACGAUGCGCGGUGACUACUUCUCAUUGAGGAAGCAACAAUCUGCCAUUACCGAGGAGAAGACACCCCAGAGCCCGGCUACGGCAUCACCUGUUGCAGCCACGCCAGUACCUUCUACACCUGGUGGUACAAAACUCAAGUUCAAGCCGUUCGGCAAGAAAAAGAAGCCUGAAGCGCCGAUGUCGACGGUGGUUGAGAACAAGGAGACUCCGCCGGCGGAGCCAGAGGAGAAGAAACCUCAGCUCUCUGAACGAGAAACUGAGCAGCUCACGAUCCUGGAUACCGUCCGAGCUCACGCCUUCCAUCCUCCUUCGGCUGUCGAUGCACCGCCUUUAGAAUUCCCGCCUACCACUGCUUUGCUCAUCUCGGAAGAGUCAAAAGACGCUGGAGCUUGGGUUGUCACUUAUCGAUCACAAGUAGCGUCCACUCACAGGGAUAUGGAGGCAUUGGAGAUGAACUCGCCAUUGUGGCUCCUCGAUUAUCUCUUCACGAGCCGAAUCAGGAUCAAAGAACCAGUCAAGUUGACUUUCAUCCUCGAACCGCUUGCCGAUUCCGGGAUGAAGGAAAUGCCAGAGGGCUCGACCCGUCUCUCUGCUAGUCGGAUUCUGCGUGCCAAGAAAAUCAUGGCGUUCAUCUAUGAUAAACUGGAUCUUGGCGCUCAACGACGAGCAAGCUUAUCCUCCGUCACAGGCAAGCUUGCGGGACUGUCAGUCAAGCGAGGAUCAGUCGGUGAUGCUGGGGAUCAAGUGAAACCCGAUGAAGCAUUGCCCGAAGAUAUCUUGGAACUCUUGUGUGGCACCCACGUCGUUGAUCCGAAAAUGACGCUGGCGACUUUGAAACAAUACUAUGGCAGUGGAGGCGACAUGCUAUUGCACUAUCGCUUCAAGGCAUCCGCCCAGGAGGAUGCACCUGCGGCUGCGUAGGAUUCGCGCCUCAAAGAGUGUAGAGGCUAGCUAAAUUAAUAUCUGUCGGGUGUUCGUGCGGAAGUCGCUUGGUUGCUUGAAGAUCAAAACCUGGAGCGUGUUGGCCCAGAAGAUUGGAGCACGAGUUGUAUACCCUAAUCUAGUUAUCGAGAGGGAUAGUGAUUCACAUCUGAGUAGUAGUGCAGGAUGCAAAAUCGAUUUUUCUUGA